GGGAGGAGCAGAGCCGGAGUAAAGUAGCAGCACGGCUGAGGCUGAAAGGCUACCGCUUCGCAUCUUGCUAGCAAGCAAGGGGCUGGGAGGGUCUGUCAACUCCUCCAAGAGACUGGAGGCACCUGACUGAGGGAGACACCAGGGCCAGGGAACGGGUCUUUAGUCGUACGCUCACACGCAGCACGCCGUGAAUGAGGGAAGCUUCCACAUCUGAGGGAAACAAGGACGAAAACACGGAGGAGGCUGCGGUUGCAGUUUGUUGAGGAGCACCUGACUAUACUCAAAAGAUCUCAUGAGAUUGUGAUGAACAUCAUCAUCAUCCACAGACCGAAGGCAGUGUCACAUUGCCUCUGAAAGGAAGCCAUGUCGCGUCACCACCACCGGUUUGAGCGGGACUACCGUGGACCGUGGGACCGCCGGGAUCGUCCCGCCGCCGUCCACAACGGAGUGGCCAACAGCACCUGCUCCCCCGCUGCCCCGCCCUUAGCCAACGGCAACAACCGCCCCGGGCUCCUCCCACUGCCGGUCAUCCCCUCCCUCCUGCCCAGCCCUGUCACUAUUGCCGUAACGACAAGCAGCACUGAUCUGGGUGUGAAACGAGCUUCAGCGGCUUCAGUGGCAGCGCCUGCUGUGAAGGCUGCAGGGCUUUCUCCUGGGGAGAACCAGACACCUGGCCUCCUCCUGGCUCCCGGGGUGAGAUGGGGCCAGACGCCCAUCAACCAGUCCACACCAUGGGACACGGACGAACCUCCAGCAAAACAGCACAGAGAGAGCGACACCACGGGGCCUCCAUGGGUGCCUCCAGUGGUUGCAGUCAGUCAGCCCAGCCUGUUAGCUCACUCCUAUGGGAUGCCACAGCCCCCUGCCUAUAGCCAGGGAGUUUCUGUCCAAUCGCCGGUCAUAGGUGUGACCCCAGCUAUUCAGACCCCAGUGCCCCCCCACCAUCCCCUCAUGACUGCCCACUUCCAGGUCCCCCCUCACUCAUCCCAACCGCCAGGCGGUCUGGUGCUCAACCUGCAAAACCAGUCGCCUUACGCCACCAGCCAGCCUCCCAUCGCCCCAUCACCCCUGACGACCGGAGGGCAGGUAGCCCACCCUACGCCUCAGAGCGUAGUAGGGAAUGGUCACCUGACCCACCCACUCAUGCAGCCUCCUGCUUUGCCUUCUGCUGCUCUGCCGCUCACCAAUGGGCAGACGACCCCUCAGCCCCCGCCAGCCUCAGCCAAUCAGGAGAGCCCAAACGGGCUACAGAUGCUUCGCACAGUCGGAAUGGGAAAGUACGAGUUCACAGACCCUGGGCAUCCUAAAGAGAUGUUGAAGGAGCUGAACCAGCAGCGCAAGGAGAAAGAAUUUACAGACCUGAAAAUUAUAGUUGAAGGCAAAGAGUUUGAAGUCCACCAAAAUGUUCUAGCUUCCUGCAGCUUGUAUUUCAAGGACCUGGUGAAAAGGUCACUUGGGGAGACUGGCAGUGGAGAAAAGCUGGAGCUAAAGAUGACCAACAUUAGUGCUGAUGUGCUGGACAUGCUCCUGGAGUUUGUCUACACAGGCUCGCUGGUCAUCGACUCAGCAAACGCCAAAACUCUGCUGGAGGCUGCCAACAAGUUCCAGUUCAACACCUUCUGCAAAGUCUGCGUGUCUUUCUUAGAGAAGCAGCUGACGGCCGGGAACUGCCUGGGGGUGCUGGCCAUGGCCGAGGCCAUGUGCUGCACAGAGCUCCACAACAUGGCCAAAGCCUUCGCCCUGCAGAACUUCCCCGAAGUGGCCGGACAGGAUGAAAUCCUCAGCAUCUCCAAGGAGGACCUGGUCAGUUACCUUUCUAAUGACAGCCUCAACACCAAGGCAGAGGAGCUGGUCUACGAGACUGUCAUCAAAUGGAUCAAGAGGGACCCGACAAACAGAGUGCAGCAUAUAUCGGAGUUGCUGGCAGUAGUGAGGCUGCCGUUUAUUCACCCCAGCUAUCUGCUGAACGUAGUGGACAACGAGGAGCUGAUCAAGUCGUCUGAGGCCUGUCGAGACCUGGUGAAUGAGGCCAAGCGCUACCAUAUGCUGCCCCACGCACGUCAGGAGAUGCAAACACCCCGCACUCGACCACGGCUUUCUGCAGGAGUUGCAGAGGUGAUAGUGCUGGUUGGAGGACGGCAGACCAUCGGCAUGAACCAGCGCUCCCUCACUGCGGUGACCUGCUUUAACCCCCAGAACAGCAAGUGGUAUCCCCUCGCUAGCCUACCCUUCUAUGAUCGAGAGUUUUUCAGCGUCAUCUCAGCCGGGGAUAAUAUUUAUCUUUCAGGUGGUACAGAGUCAGGGGUGACGGUGGCAGAUGUGUGGUGCUACAUGUCUCUGCUGGACAACUGGAACCUUGUGUCCCGCAUGACCGUCCCCCGCUGCAGACACAACAGCCUUGUGUAUGAUGGGAAGCUCUACACUAUCGGAGGACAGGGUGUGGCCGGAAACCUGGAUCACGUUGAAAGGUAUGAUACCAUCACUAACCAGUGGGAGACAGUCUCUCCGCUGCCCAAGCCUGUCCACUCAGCAGCAGCCACAGUGUGUGGGGGAAAGGUGUACGUGUUUGGAGGGGUGAAUGAGGCUGGAAGAUCUGCUGGUGUCCUACAGUCCUAUGUCCCUCAAACCAACACAUGGAGCUUCAUAGAGUCCCCUAUGAUUGAUAACAAGUAUGCCCCUGCUGUAAGCCUCAACGGAUUCAUCUUCAUCCUGGGCGGCGCUUACGCCAGAGCCACCACCAUCUACGACCCGGACAAGGGCAACAUCAAAGCAGGGCCAAACAUGAACCACUCCAGGCAGUUCUGCAGCGCGGUCAUCCUGGAUGGGAAGAUCUAUGCUACAGGAGGCAUUGUGAGCAGUGAGGGGCCAGCAUUGGGCAACAUGGAAACCUUUGAUCCCUGCACCAACACGUGGACACUCCUCCAGAACUUACCCUGCCCGCUCUUCAGACACGGCUGUGUGGUGAUCAAGAAAUACAUUCAGAGCGGCUGACCAUGGCCCAGGCACACAGCCUUUCUCCUCAGUGCACUGCAGGGAUCAAAGACAAAACCCGCUGGAUGUGUGUGUCUAACAUUAAAGAGACUGGUGUCUCCUCGGCUCGCUCCCCACAGACUCCUACUGGCCAUCCUGGGCAGACUGCAGUGGAAUCCCAAUGCUCGACAGGGAUGUGUAGAGUAGUUACCCCUCACACAGGUGUUGUGCCAUUUGAAUACUAUGCUAUUUGAAUACUCAGCCUACCACAGAGACUGGUUUUGUUUGACAAACAUUCAUA